UCACUUCCGGGUUUGACCCGGAAGUGAGUGCUGUGUAGCAAUCCGACCGUAGACGUGGAAGAAGAUUUGUAGCUGUCGCUGCAGCACAGGUGUCGAUUUAUGUAGUAAUUUGAAAUUUGUUAAAUAUAUUGUUGUAAUAUGUAAUAACAGAGUAAGUUAUUGGACGUUUGAAGAGGACCUGAGAAGAUUUUCCGAGCUAGUUUAGCCGUUAGCAGUGUGAAUUGUGUGCCCGGUUAUACACUGCAGAUGGGAUGGAAGUGAAGGGGAAGAGCUAACGCAGAGACUCGCGCGACGAUAUUAGCUCUUCUUCAGGCGUCUCGGCGGUUAGAUCCAGCUCCCAGCCGCUGCCAUGGCGCCCAUGGGGAUCCGGCUGUCCCCGCUUGGAGUGGCGGUGUUCUGCCUGCUCGGGCUCGGCCUCCUGUACCACCUCUACUCCGGGGUCCUGUCCAGCAGACUGGCCGCUUUCAGGCAGAGGAAGACGGUGGAUCUGAGGGAUCUCCUCGCCUUGUCCAUGGAGGCUGCGGUGCAGGGAGGAUGGGAGGUGAAGCGCAUCCGCAUGGAGGACACACUGGAGGAAAAGUCCAAGGGCAAAACCAAAGAAGGAGCCUUGGAGAAGCUCACCAUGGGGGAUUUAAACUCCCACAGGAAAAUGUACUAUCUGAUCAGAAACACAUACCCUUACAUACAGGUGAACUCUGAGGAACACGAUAACUCAGACGGUGAGGCCACUGUAUGGACACGUAACAUCCCAGAUGAGGUCCUGAGCAAGAUCCCAGAGGGGAAGCUGGUGCCUGCUGAGAGCGUGACGGUGUGGAUCGACCCGCUCGACGCCACGCAGGAGUACACAGAAAACCUGCGGAAGUAUGUCACGACCAUGGUGUGUGUGGCUGUGAACGGGGAACCUGUUGUAGGUGUGAUCCACAAACCUUUCACUGGCUUCACAGCAUGGGCGAUGGUGGACGGAGGAGCGAACGUGGCACCGCGACACUCCUACAACGCCAACGCCCCCAAGGUCAUAGUGUCACGCUCACACGCAGGCAAAGUGAAAGGCUUCAUUCAGCAGGCGUUUGGGAACAACACAGAGAUCAUACCAGCAGGGGGCGCAGGAUAUAAAGUUCUCGCUCUGCUGGAUGCCUCUGAUGAAGAAUACGAGAAGGUAGACAUGUACAUCCACGUGACCUACAUCAAGAAGUGGGACAUCUGCGCCGGAAACGCCAUUUUGAAAGCGCUAGGUGGUCACAUGACCACGCUGAAGGGAGAGGAGAUCGAUUAUUCGGGCUCGGAGAAGAACCCGGGCGGCGUGCUCGCCACCGUCAGCAUCGACCACGACGCUGUGGUGAAAAAGCUGCCGCCCUGGGACGAGAACAAAAACUGAUACCCGGGUCGGGUACUACAGACUGAACGCUCGGGGACUGGAGACGGAACACAGAACCAGUGAUCAACACGCAGACACGGGAGCUUCAGCUCGACUGCGAGUGUCGACGGGUGCGUGCUUAGCUUUUAACGGCGGUUAGCUUCUUCUGGAGUAACAUUCGAUGCCACACAGUUAAGGGACGGGCUCUCAGUAUGGCCACGUUCAUUAUUUAUCUCCACAUUGGACACAAACUUUAGUUUCAUGAUCCUCGGAUACAUUCUGUCUAUAAGUGCAGUGCUAGUAGGGAUGCAUCGAUACCGUUUUUAAAGACGCGUAUGAGUACGUGUUUUUUGUUAAUCGUCGAUACCAAUACCAAAGUGAGUAACCUAUUUAGCGUUAAUCAAUCAGGAGCAUAGUAAAACAUUUUCUUUAGCUCUGGUGAUGUUUGUUGCUGCCAUGUGCUGCUAGCAAUGAACUCAUAGUUUAGAGACGUUACAGCAUUUAAACAGUAUCUUUAUCAGAAAGAGUGACGACGGCCCACCUGAGUGUGCAGAGCAGUAUCGGACAGUGGGAUUAUUAAAAUUAAGUGCCAGGAAUUGUACCUUGAGUCAUGAGCAAAGUGUAGCACGUGUCUUAGUGCUCAGUGCUCGCUUAACUGAACUGCUCUCACAUCCAGUGGUUUCUUUGCACACUCGCUUUACUUCCUACCUUUGCGUGUGCGCAGUUCACGGCACCCAGCGCCCGUUUUUAAUAACCAGCUUCACCGAUACUGCUCUGAGCGCUCAUUAAAGACGCUGUUUAAACACUGUAAGAUGUUUUAUCAGGUUACUCAUAUUGUAAGAAGACGCUGUAGUUCCUUUUCCUCAGAGCACAGUUUGCAGUCUGAUUUGCUUUGAUCAGGAACAUUCUUUUUCAUCACGUACUUUCACGUGAUAUCGGAUGUUGGUAUUUUGUCAAGUACGAGUAAAUGAGCAUGGUAUCGGACUGAUAUGCGAAACCAGUUUCGGUAUCAAUGUAUCCCUGCGUUCUAAAGAACAGGGCGUUAGACGUGUAAAAAUAUUAAAUUUAAAAAAUAUAACAUUAUGGCACUAUGAAAUCCUCAGACAGCAGCACUCCUUCAAAUAUGUCCAAAAUUAAGGAAGCCUUUAUCUCAGGAGCACAAAUUCCACCUGCUUAGGCAGCCUCCUCUCAAACAGGGAAGCAAGGGCACGAAAUCAUCAUCUGAACAUUUCACUUCACACCUUCUGUUAAUAAUUUGAGCAUCGCACCCAUGUGCAUGUCAUCACUCCUCCUUAGUUUAGUCAGCAAAAUUAGUCAGUUAAAAGGUUAGUUCAGCGAAAAAAUCAAAAGUACACAAUUUUGUGGAUCAGCCGACAUGUUUAGCGUCUGAAGUUUACUUCUUUGGUUUUGCACAGGAGCUGGAAGUUUAAUGUCUGUGUCACGAAACGUUCCAUAAAUACAUGCACAGAUCUUCAUAUACAUGCUCCAGAAUGACAUCGUCAAGCUCCGUGAUCUCAUUUCAUACAGCAAAAAUAGGCUGUUUACAAAGUUAUGUUUACAGUGGAAUUAUAUUAACAUCACUUCCUGCUUUGGUUAAGAUUCCAGUUUUCCUAGAUGGCUGCCUCCAUAAUGUUCCAGCGUUCAGCUACAAGGUGAAGUUUAGUUCAUGUUUAUAGAUAACAGAAAGUCACACUGAAGAACUGGGUGUGCUUUGAGAUGGUGUAAAUAUUUAUACAAAAGAAUUUGAGUGAGAGAGGCUUCACAGUGCUAUUGAAUUCUCGAUUCUGAUUGGCCAGCAGCUCUGACAGCGCUGACAGUAGUGCGCUUGUACUGAUAACGUUAUCGUUUCUAUAGUAACAGCUCAUUCACAGGGACUCGUACAGCAGACGCGCCAUGUAAACGGAUUAAAAACUGAGUGUAACGAAAUGAUGGUUUAUUUAACAUUUAUGGAAGGAGUCUCCAGUUUCAGCGCUUUGUAGUGGUUAGUAUGCUUUCUGUCAGGGGUAACAGUGACUCCGCUUCAUCACACCACCCCGACGCUGAUUAUUUUCUUAUAACAGCACAACCCCUAAGUGUGUUAUUCCUUACUUCACUCCAGUGCAAAACAUCAGACACCGAACAUGACUCGGCUGAUCGAUUACUUCCAGUAAUUUCCUACUAAAUAAGAAAGAAAAUGGCGUAUUUUUCUUUCACUGAGCUCUUCCUUUAACCCCUUUGAUAUUAGGAUUACUCUAAUAGGAUCAUUGCUGAGCUUUUCUUUUCGUUUUGAGAGCUUUGAGAAAAGGGUGUAAUAUUUUUAGGUGUGUGUCAUUUUUUUAAUAGUAAACUAAACAGCAGACGGACGAGCAGGUUUUAAUGUAGCACAUGUAACACACACUCACUGUGAUGACUAGCGGUCAGGUGAGUGCCCCGCCCAUCGUCCGUUGCUCCUCGCUCUCCCUGAAGUGGCAUGCAUGAAAACGGAGUGUAAAUACGGCACAUGGUAUUAAAGAGUUGUUUGCUGUUAAAAUCCUGCAUGCGCUCUGUUAUAUAUGACCGAGGCAUGUUGUGUGAUGUCAUCGUGCUACCUUUAAUUUAAUUUUCUUUUUUGGAUUGUAAUAAAUAGCAACUUUUA